GGGCUGGUUAGACGAUGCAGCAGGCAGCGAGAGGAGAGAGAACGAGUUAGAAACCUGCCUACAGAGAGGACAGAGGGAUAAGAAUCAUGUCAGCCUCCUGGAAGCAGCUCUUUUUUCAGAUCCUCCUGCUUCUCAUCUCCUGCAGACACAUCAAUACAAAGACACCUGGCCCAACGCCCCCGCCACUGGUUCCCAACAGUCCCCUGCCAACAGAUGUGAAGAGUGUUGUUCUGAAAGGUGAAAGUCACACUGAGGAAGUUGAACUGUUGAGCCCCGUUGAACUGGCACUGGAGUGUACGUGGACUGGUAGUCAGACAAAACUACCAAACAUAACCGGGUUCUGGAGAAAAGAUGGGGAAGAAAUUGAGAGCAGUCGCCGCACAGUGCAGUUGGAGAAUGAGCAGUAUAAUCUCAGACAAGUAUUCAACAUCGUCAGUGAAGAAGACCUUGGAACCUACUCAUGCGUGUUUGGAGGUGAAGCAACAAUAGACUUUGUUUUGGCAGGUCCACAGAUUAGUGAGGUGCGAGAUAAGCCGAUAGUCAGCUACGUGGGGGACUAUGUGGUGAUGACAUGCAAAAUGGAAGAAGCCAAUCCAAUGCCCAGCACCUGGAACUGGUAUAGAGCAAAUGGUACAGACAAGGAGCAAAUCUUUGCAGAGCCUCAACGGUAUGAAAUCAAGAAUGAAGAGAGAAAGACCAAACUGCUAGUGCACAACCUGACAGAGGCCGACUCUGGCUUGUAUUACUGCGGUGCCGUGUACGCCAUCAGCACCGCGAUGGGCCAUGUGGAACUCAAGGUCAUCACCUUCUACGAGCCUCUCAAGCCAUUCAUAGCCAUCAUGGUCGAAGUGAUCGUCCUGGUCGCCGCCAUUCUGCUCUACGAGAGGAGUCAGUCCAAGAAAAACCCCACAGCAGGAAACCAGACGAAUGACCAAAAUAACACACUGACACAGGGAGAAAGUAAUGGAUCAGAGGGAAGUUCUUCAACAAGACAGCGGAAAGUAUAAGACUGAAAUACUUACCCAAAACCCAACAGAUCCAAGCUUCUCUAAAACUGUUGACAAAUUUUUAUUUGUUUUCAAAUGUGAAUGAUGCUUUAAAGCAAUAUCUCAUCAACUAUUUCAAGAAUAUUUUCACAAAACAAAUUGCCACCACUUUGAUACAUCGUACACAAUCGGUUCACUGGGAGAUAUGUUUUCUAUUUUAAGGGACAGUGUUGUUAUGAUGGCUGAAAGAGCAAAGCAUUUAUGUGUUUUUCAGUUUUCACUUCCUGUGGAAAAACUGCCUCACAUCACUUUGACUUUCUGUCAAAAAGAAAGUGCAUUUUCCUUUUUUUGGCAACCUCAACUCCUCUUUACUUAUCUUUUUUAUGCAUUAUGGUUUGUGAGCAGUGCCUUACACUCUUUAAAAAUAAGCACUUAACUAACCGCUCAUACUGUGCUGUGCUUUUGUCACUUUUUACAGGUUUUUCCUGCAAUAAUGUGUGCCUGAAAUGCUUCAAAUUACCUUAGUAACGUGUAUAUCAAGAUAAAUCAUCAUAUAUAUGCAGAUACUUAUGUCGUUUUCAUGUUAAUCUAUCAUCAGAUGGUUACAAAAGUCCUAUUGUCCUCUAAUCAUGACUUCAACUGUAUCAACCUGCACUUUACCUAUGAGGUGUACCACUGUAUAUGUAAACAAACAAAUUAAACUACACAAAAUCUCA